AUGACACCUUCAAAGUAUGAGCAAUUUUUAAGUCUAAUCGCACCGGUGAUAACAAAAUCUUCCCUCAGGCGUGAAACAAUUAAAGCUAGUGAACGAUUAAUGGUCACUUUGAGAUACAUAUUUGGAGGCACUUCGCAAAUAGAUCUAGCUGGUAUGUUUCGAAUAAGUCCGACUUCGAUAGGAAGAAUUAUUAACGAAACCUCUAUUGCUAUAUGGACUAUUUUGUUAUCUAAAGAAUAUAUUAGCUACCCAAAAAGUGAAAAUGAAUGGAAAUUUAUAGCAAAUGAGUUUAAAAGGAAAUGGAACUUCUCUAAUUGUAUAGGGCUAUAG